AUGUCGGCCAAGAGCACUUCGCAGCAGCGUCCUCAAUCCUCCGAAGGGGAUUCUCCGGCACCCCGGGGCCAACUGGAGUCCGCUGAACCGACCUCACUCGCCUGCAAUCCGUGUCGAAAGCGCAAGCUCCGGUGUUCCCGUGAGCUGCCUGCAUGCCAACACUGCCGGAAGACAGCAACCGAGUGUGUCUAUGAGGCGAAGCGCAACAAGCCCGGUCUCAAGCCCGGUGCCCUCGAUAAUGUGCACAGGAGACUAGAUGCCCUCGAGCACACUGUGCAGCGCCUCGGCGAGGGAAAAGACUCAUGUAGCCGAGAUGAUAGCCACGAAGGAAGCGCGUACAGGAUUCUAGCCCUGCUGGCACAAGAGCUUCCAAACUUCAUCCGGGACAGCAGCACAACAGCGAGUGCUCAUUCCGUUCCUGCCGCCCAUAAACGUCGGCGCAUCGGAGGCGGCGAACCCAUCACCACAGCCAGCAAUGCUUGCAAGGAGGAUGCGCCCAGGCCGCCCAGCCUGCCACCUGCACAUGCUCUUGACUUGAUACUAGAAGCCUAUUUCGAGUGCAUCCACCCGUGGAUCCCAAUGAUUCACCAGUCACGGUUUCGUAGGCGACUUGACGACCCCCGAGAGCGGCCGAAACUGGGCGUCGUACUGUAUGCCAUCAGCCUGACGGCUGCGAGGUUUGUCGCCAGCCAACAUGUCGCCAUUCCUCAGCCGGCUGAACUACGGCGCUGGGUCGUUUCUGCCGCCAUGGACCGCAUGUCCGUGGAGAGUCUCCAAGCCCUGAUCAUCCUCGCCUUCAACGAUAUUGGAAGUGGAAUAGCAUCCAAGGCUUGGUCCCUUAUCGGAUCCAUGACCCGCACCGUCGAGUAUCUUCAGCUCACCAUCGAGCACGAGGAGACGAAGCGGGAGCCUCUGUCGCAUCCGUUUGCCUCCUUAACUCCGACGGGCGACUGGACCGAGAACGAGGAGCGCCGCCGCGUAUUUUGGAACGUCUUCCUCCUGGACCGGUUUUGCUCUGUCGCCAUGGGCUGGCACACUAGCCUGACGUCCGACGACGUCCACCGCCGUCUGCCCUGCGACGGCAUCCUGUGGCGCAAGCAGGACCCCGUCAUGACGCCCUUCUUUGGUAUCUGGGACAAAGCCGCCGCCCGCCUCGGCAAACCCAUCGCUUUUCUUCCCUCGGAGCCCAGCGCCGUCAACACCGCCGGACCUGCCGAAGUCGUGGGCGGGCCAAGGAGCCCGCUCAAUCAUGCAACCGCCCAUUCACCGUCUUCACAGGACACGCUUGGCACUGACAUAACAACCAUGGGCGCCUACGCAUACUGCAUUGAGGCGACCGAAUCCCUCAGUCGCGUUACGAGCCAUUUCCUCCAGCAGCGCAUCGACUGGCGCGACGGACACGACGUGGGUCUGUGGCUCACGCGUUUCAAGGAGCUGGACCUCCGGCUUGUACAUUGGAAGAUGUUCCUGCCGCACAAGUGGAAGGCCGAGCACUAUCUGCGAGCCACUGUCGGCAACCUGGGACCAGGAAGCACCGCGUUGGUCAUGGACCCAAACCUGACGCUCGCGCACGUCACCCACAACACGAGCAUGAUCCUGCUCCACCAGCCCAUCGCCUUUCCGCCGGCUGCUCUGCUCCCCUACCAAACCCGGCUGCCGAGCGCCUGCAGUGUCGAGACCUGCCUGGCUGCUGCGACCGAAAUCGCCACCAUUACGACCAAGUACCUCGAGAGCACUGCGUCAGGACUGCCCGUGGCACACCAGUUUGCCUUCUGCGUCUACAUCGCGGCACGGGUGCUGCUUGUAGACUGGCAGCAUGGAUACAUGCAGACACAACUGUCGGAUCAUUUCUGGACGCUGGUGCGAGCGCUCGACGAGUUCUCCGCCCGAUGGCGUGGCAGUGGCGGCGGCACUCCUAGCACCGGCAGCAUGGACAUCGCCGUAGAACCGGCAUUGUGCCCAAACCACGCGGCAAAAUACGCCCAGAAACUUAGACACUUCCACGCUGAGUGUCUGCAGAACCCUGAGUUCAAGGUUAAUGUCGCCGGAUACACGGCCGAGAUCAACCAUUCGGCGACAUCGCCGGUGACGACAGGCGCGCAAGCAGUUGCUGAACGCGACGACCCUUACCAAAUCCAGGUAGGACGCGACCGAUUACCGGUGAACUGGGGCAUUUACGGGCCCUCUCAAAUUCCCGGUCCGCCCCUUAUGCGCGACCAGCAGGGCGGGGGCGCUCCUUUUGCGUCAGCCAACGCACCUUCGAGCGGUCAAGGGGGCAAUAUGCUGCCAGAGAUUCCCAACCUUGCCCCUGACAACAGCCUUGGUUCCAUCUCGCAAGCACUGUUGGAUCAGCAGUUUGGCGAAAUGGACCGUAUCAUCAGCUACGAGGAUGGCAGCAUGUUUGUCGGGACCAUGGACGCCUGCGGAGGUUGGUGA